AUGGACUGUUUCAAGAGUGCAAGCCUGUAUUUGCCAAUUCUGAUCAAUGUAAUGACACAAGACAGUCAAGUCCAUGGCGAACAGUUGGAUGUGAUUAUGAAGGGGAUGCAAGUAGGACUCCUGAUUGACCAUGAAGGUGUACUUCAGGAUGCAUUCCCACAUGAGGUCUUCGAUGUGGCAGUUGUGGUGGAGGAGACCAUCAUUUUACACAUCCUCCAUAAUGUGCCAGAGGGCUUUGCCAUGCUAAUGGGCAUCAUCUAUUGUUUUAAUCUGGAAUAUCCACAAAAGAUGAAAUACACUUUUGAGUUUCUGCAGAGAGUGGUUAUGAAGAUUAAGCCAGAUCAGGGCUCUGCACAGAUACAUGGCCUGCGAAAUAAACUGCUGAGAUACAGAGUGUUGAGUCGACUGUUUGACAGUGCCCAUUUAGCAAUGGACCAAGUAAAUCAGCAGCAAGGAAACAAAAGAAUGCAGUCGUUCAACGCAUCACUCUCAAUGCCCGACUUUCUCUUGGAAGGUUUCUCUGGAUUAGAAGUUUACUAUCACUGGCUUUCCCUUGCCUUCAUUGUUAUAUUUUCUUUCGCCAUUAUAGGAAAUAUUACAAUAAUAUGUGUCAUUAAGCUUGAGGAAACUCUUCACACGCCGAUGUACAUUUUCCUUUGUGUUUUGGCUAUAAUUGACAUCGGCUUAUGUGUUUCCACAAUUCCUAAGAUUCUACAGAUAGUUUUGUUUAAUGUCCACACCAUCUCCUUUCAUGCAUGCUUCUUCCAGAUGUUCAUCGUCAUGAGUCUGUGUGCGAUGGAAUCUGGUGUACUGGCUGCGAUGGCUUAUGACCGUUAUGUUGCCAUCUGCAAUCCUUUACGUUACACCUCCAUCCUUACGCCGGCCUCUAUCGCUAAAAUCCUACUUGCGGUUUUUCUUCGAUGCAUAAUUUUAACUGCAGUGUACCCUGUGCUGAUGUCACGGUUGUCUUACUGCUCGAAUGUUGUCCAUCAGUGCUACUGUGAUCACAUUCCUGUUGCGAAACUGUCCUGUGCGGAUAUCACACUAAAUAAUAUUUACGGGCUUUUCGUUGCCUUCAUGGUAGUUGGUAUGGACCUUCUGUAUAUUUCAUUUAGUUAUUUUAUGAUUAUUAGAGCUGUAUUAAAUCUGGCAUCCAAAGCAGCGCGUGUCAAGGCUUUCAGUACUUGUGGUCCUCAUUUUAUUGUUAUUUUGUAUGCUUACAUAAGCUCUCUGUCCACAUUUUUAAUUCACAGGUUUGGACAAAAUCAGUCUCAGCAGACAACUGUCUUAACAACUAUUUUCCAUCUUAUUAUGCCGUCGGUAUUAAACCCAUUUGUUUAUGCGAUAAGAGCCAAGGAGAUCCGUACGGGAUUCAUGAAAUGUUUUCUUAGGAAAACGAUCUGUAGAAAAUAA